AAAUUGUCAAUGUCAAGUAGUGAAAUCGUCAAUCAAUCGUGCGUGUUUAGCAACAAAGAAUCAUAAAAAUAAAAAUCUGAACUGUAUUCAGAGUUCUAGCUUGAUUUUAUAAAAUAAAUUGACAUUAAUUCAAAAUGGCUAAUAAUUCUAUGGGACAAGGCGCUAAUAUGCCGACGAUAGGCACGAUAAAUCAGGGGACUAUUCAGUACGUAAACAAUCCGAUUCAGAGUCCUCAGCUGCAGGCUACCUCGAUCCAGGGCUCGCCAUCACAGCACAGUCCUAUGGGUACACAGUCCCAAGUUGGAGCUAAAGCCAACCAGAGCGGCGCUGGAGAUCAGACCACACAGCUGCUAAGCCGGCCCCGUCUUCAAGAACUGGUCCGAGAGGUGGACCCCACAGUGCAGCUUGAUGAAGAAGUUGAGGAGAUGUUGCUGCAGCUUGCCGAUGACUUCAUUGACACCACCCUGAAUGCCGCUUGUGCCAUGGCUAAGCACCGGCAUGCACCUAAUGUGGAGUUGAAGGAUGUUCAACUUCAUUUGGAACGACAAUGGAACAUGUGGAUCCCAGGAUUCGGUAACGAUGAGCUGCGGCCGUACAAGCGUGCAGCUGUCACUGAAGCACACAGGCAGCGCAUGGCACUCAUCCGCAAGACCAUCAAGAAGUAUUAAUACCUACAAAUAUUGUCUGUGGUUUUUGUUUAUAAAUGUUUAGGUUAUUGUUUUUGGUUAAGAUGUAAUUUUAGGCUAAGAUUGAUUAAAGAAAUUUCAAUUUUUUUUACUUAA